CUCUUAUUUAAGUGCUUUUGGACUUUUUGUCCCUAUUAUUGACAUUUUUGAAAUGUCAACAACUUUUUUAGUUGUUUAGUUUAAUGUGUGUGUGAUUAAAGUAUUUGGUUAUAAUUUUUUAUUUAUUUACUGUUAAGUCAAGUGUAAUUAAACUAUGUGGGUUUAUGUUAUGUAGAUGCACUUUUACAGCAUUAAACUCCAUCAUGGGGGUGUGUUCUCUAAAACACCCCCUAUGUCAUACAUAGGAGAAUAUUUCACUAUGAUUCCAACAGUUAACUCAGAUAUCAUGUCAUAUGAUGAUAUUCAAGAGAUGGUAGAUAACAUGGGAUAUGGGGAGUUGGUUGAAGUGUUUUACAAAGUACCAUUUUUAAAGGGUAGUCAAAGCUUCAGAGAGGUUAGGUGUGACUUGGAUGUACUUAGGAUGUUUUAUGACUAUGAAGCUGAGAGGGCAACAACCAUUAUCAAGUUGUACAUUGUUGCACCUCUGUUGAAUGUGCAAGGGGAAGAGAUUCAGCUUCUAAUAGCUAGCUCAGACUCAAAUAGGUCAAGUGAUAAUACUUUUAAACAGAUUUCAGAUUAUACUCCUUGUGAUGAGUUAAUCAGUUUAUGUGGAUCAAAUGAGGAGGUUAGUGGUCCUAAGUACCCAGAAUAUCUUCCUUCAAGGGAUUUGGAUGUAAAAGAACUAGAAUUAGGAAUGAAAUUUGGGAUAGCUGAACACUUUAGAUUGGCACUUAAAGAAGCAGCAUUGAAGGGCAGGUUUGAUAUAAAGUUCAAAAGCAAUGAUGGUGAUAGGAUCUCUGUAGUAUGUAAGGCUGAAUGUGGGUGGAAAAUAUUUGCAAGCAAACCAGAAGGCCAGGAUUGUUUGAUAGUGAAGACAUAUCAGUUAGAACAUACCAACUGCCUUUGGUUUCAAACUAAUGGACAAUCAUCCUCUUCUUACUUAGCCACUAAGUACUUAAAGCAAGUGAGAAUGAACCCAACCAUACCUUGUGAUACACUAAGGACCACUAUUACUUCUGAUAUACAAAUUGAUGUGUCCAAACACAAAGUAAGAAGGGCAAAGAGAAAAACUAUUGAAUUCAUUCAGGGAAAUAAAGCAGAACAAUAUCAAGAAUACUGUCAUUUAGUAUAUACAUCCAACCCUGGAAGUGUUGUUAAAAUUCAAACUGAGCCUACAUGCGAGGAGAAUGUGAGGAUAUUUCAAAGGGUUUUCAUCUGUUAUGCUGCAAUGAGGAAGGGUUUUAAAGAAGGUUGUAGGCAACUUAUAGGUGUUGAUGGUUGCUUUUUGAAGGGUUCAUAUGGUGGCCACCUUUUGAGUGCAAUAUCUAUUGAUGGGAAUGAACAAAUGUUACCAGUUGCAAUUGCAGUAGUUGAGGCUGAGACAAGGGAUUGUUGGAGUUGGUUUCUGACAGAACUGAUGGAGGUUGUGGGGCCUUAUACUGACAUCAUAUUUAUAUUUGAUAGACAAAAGGGAUUGUUUUGAAACUUUUGAGCAUAUCAUGGAGGGUUCAGUCCAUAGAUAUUGUGUGAGGCAUUCGUAUGAGAAAUUCAAACUCAUAUUUAAAGGAUAACAGUUGAAAAUUGAGUUGUGGGAGACUGCAAGGUCAUAUACACAACCUGAUUUUGAUGCACAUAUGAGGAAGAUAAAGGAGUUGAAUGUUGAAGCUUAUGGUUGGUUUCAGAAUGUGCCAUCUCAAAUGUGGUCAAGGUCAAGUUUCACAGACCAAUCAAAAAGUGAUAUGGUGAUCAAUAAUAUUUGUGAAAGUUGGAACGCUGUGAUUUUUAAAGCCAAUGAUAAACCAAUUAUUUAUAUGUUAGAGUGGAUCAGGAGGCAUCUCAUGCUGAGAUUCCAACAGAAUAGGGAGUGGAUGGAAUCAAAGGAUAGCUUAUUGUGUCCAGAUAUUCAAAACAAAUUGAACAAAAUGAAAAAGGCAGCAAGGAUGUGCAAGGUGCACUAUGCUGGUGAUAAUAAGUUUCAGGUUGAGUGUUUUGGUAUCAGUGGGGCAGUUGAUCUUGGAAAUAAGAGUUGCACCUGCAGGGUAUGGAAUAUGAUUGGUAUCCCUUGUAGACAUGUUGUAACAUGCAUUUUUACAAGGAGAGGGGAUGUUCCUGAAUCAUAUGUUAAUCCAUGCUAUCAUAGAGAAACCUAUUUGAAGGCAUAUGCUGGUUUAAUGAAUCCAUUUCCCAUGACAAAGUUGCUGAAAUCACAACCCAGUGAGCAAAUGCUUCCACCAAUCUAUAGGAAACCUAUUGGUAAACCAAAAAAGUCAAGGAAUAAGAAAAAUGAUGAGCCAACCAAGGUUAAUACUUCAAAUGAUGAGCCAACCAAGGUUAGUACUUCAAGCAAGCCAACCAAGGUUAGUAGGUCAAAGGAUAUGUUGACAUGUUCAAACUGCAAGGAGAAAUGCCAUAACUCAAGGACAUGUAACUCCCUGAACCUGGGGUCAUUGAGAAACCUCCUCCAAAAAAGGGAGGCAGACCACCAAUACUUAGAAGAGGAAGAAGAAUACCAUUAAGAGGAAGGGGCAGGAGAAGUGCAAGAGGUGGAACAACUGCUGUUGGAAAUGAAAUUCCUACUGCAAUUCAGAGUCAAGAGGUUCAUAACAUACCAUUUUCACAGUUGUUAUCAACACAGGCAUCCAGUUCUAGGUCCAUGAUGGACAGUGAUUAUGCUUCAUGGUAGACAUGAAGAACUGGAAGUAUUUUUGGUGUGGUUGGUACUGAACUUAUGAUAACUAGUGUUGACAUGAAGAACUGAAAGUAUUUUUUGUUUCAUUGUGUCUGUUGACAUAUAACAUGUAUUUAGUUAAUGUAAUGUAAGAAUGUUUUAAGUAUUUGGAUGUUAUGUAAGAAUGUUAAGUACAUUGGUUAUGGCUAUUGUAAGAAUGAUUUGGUUUUAUGGCUAUUGUAAGAAUGAUUUGGUUAUGUAAA